UUUUUUUUUUUUCCAUUCAUCUUGAAUUUGCAGUCUGCAUGCUUCAGUCUCCUGAAGACCGGAUGAGGCCUGGCACAAACACAAGAAAAUGUUAGAGCAGUGGUUCUCAACCUCCCUAAAGCUGCGACCCAUUAAUACAGUUCCUCAUGUUGUGGUGAUCCACAAGCUAUAUAAUUAUUUUCGGUACUACUUUAUAACUGUAAUUUUGCUACUGUUAGGAAUCCUAAUGUAAAUAUCUGUGUUUUCUGAUGGUCUUAGGUGGUCCCUGUGAAAGGUCAUUUGACCCCCAAGGGGGGGGGGGAUCUCGACCAACAGGUUGAGAACCACUGUGAUAGAAGAAAGCAUAAUUAUCUUUCCAGUCUUAGAGGUCUUGGCUUCAUCUCCAGUUUGCAAAACAAAACCUAAGGCCAAUACCAACGACUAGACCAAUAUACACAACGGCUAGAAGGGACAGUGGGAGAAAGCAGAGGCAGCGGGAACUCCAAGGAGCCUGAGCAACCUUUCCCUGGGUAGAUGUGGGACUGCACCUUUGGAGAAUGUAUUUUACUGAGUUCCCUGAUCAUGCCUACACCCUCGCUGGGGUGAGAAUAUGCUUAUCUCACAUAUUAAGCAUGUGAUAAUGUGAUGAUGGUGUUCUCAGCCCUGGUAGGGCAACGACACAACCCCCAGCCCAGUGAGCUAGGUUUGGGGUGGGGAUUUGGGGGCAGAGGGCAGCGGAAUCUCCUAGCCCUUCCAGCUGGUCCAAGAUCACACCCAGAGGCCUCCACCCAUCACAGCCCCGAGCACGCUUGCGCACUCCGCUGCGUUGGCCCAGUCUUUCCCACCAUGGACUACAUUUCCCACAGGCCUCUGCGCAGCAUCCUUCCGGCUGCUUAGCGCCGGUCCGCUCUGAGAGGUGAGUUGGUCCCUUGCACUGAGGAAAUUGUCGCGGGGGCAGCGUAGGUUUGUCUUUAGUUGGCUUGAGAGACUUGGAGUCGGUGACGCUGAGUGGACACCGCGUACCCCGUUGCAUCCUCCGUCUUCCCGCUGCAGAGCCCAGAGGCCCAGCAUGGCUCUGAGUUCUGUGUGUGAACCUCAGAGUGAGGGCCCUCCGUACAAAAAGACAGCGCAGCUGCCACCGCAGGGCUGCUUUGUACGCGCUCCCUCCCCGCCAGGCAGCCCCGGUGGCCGUCGCCUGUCAAACCUGCCCCUCCGGUGGCGGCCAGUGUCCUCUCCAUCCGCGGCGCUCCAUUUCCAGUAGGUUAUGUGUGUGGAAGGGCUGGUCGCGAGGGGUGUGUCCCCAGGCUACCAAGCCCGCACCUUCCCGGUUUGACCUUUUCCCCAGACUUGUUCAUUUUAGGGAAGGCGAGGGAAUAAAAGCAGGAAACGAUUGUUGUUGCAUACAUAGAGACCCAACAUUACUGCGGAAAAAAAAAUAGCCUAACUUUCUUCUUUCUCGUUGUCCUAUGAAGUGUACUCCUUGUUUUUCCAGGCAUGGGGACAUUUACUCCUCAUUACUGUGAAAGUGAAAAUGAAGUUAGCUUGGAAAGAAGCAGCGGUUUGGUGUUAUCUUGGUCAGGGUAGAGGAGACAGAUUCAUGCAGACUGAUACAGAAGCCAGGAGAAGGUGUCUGAUUCCCAGGAACUGGAGUUAUAGACGGUCGUGAAACACCAUGUGAGUACGGGGAAUCACACUUGCAUCCUCUGCUAGAGCAGCCACUGCUCCUAGCAGUACAGCUGUUUCCAGCCUCACAGGUUUUAAAUUUUUAACAUGUUCGUUUUUUACGUAUGUGAGUGUUUCUGUCUGCUUUUCUUUCUGUGCACCACUGAGUGUGACUGCGCCUGAGGAGCCCUGAAGAGGGCAUCGGAUUCUCUGGAACUGGAGUUACAGCAGUCACGUAGGUGCUGAGAGUGUAACCCGCUGAUCCAUCUCUGCAUUCCAGGCUGCAGCUUUCUUAUCCACGAAGCCUGCUUUGCUAGUUCGUUUUUAAUUACUGUGGAAGAUUCCUUUGCUAAACCACGCUUCUUACCAGAAUAGCACGUUUUGUUCUUGUUUUAAACAAUUUGUACCUAUACUGACCAGGAAUUCACUGUAACCCAUGUGAUCUCAAAUUUGUGGGUGAUCCUCCUGCCUCAGCCUCCAGGCUGCAAUGUGUGCCACUGUGCCCAGCCAGAAUAACACUUAAUCUUCAAUCAAUCUCUGUCUCUUUUAAUCCCAUUUUAGCAACAGCAGCCAGGUCUAAACCCCUAAAUUACCAAGCUCUUCAAAGCCUUUUGCCCGGGGGCGGGGGUGGGGUGGGGUUGGGGGGCUGGCAGGGUACCUCACUGGUAGAGAGCUAGUCUAGCUUAGAGCAAGUGUGGGCUAGGCAUGGGGAGCUUACAAAAGGGCCUUUUCACUUGUAUCUCACCCAUCACAUUCUAGUUGCUCCUGCGCCCUUCCCAUCCUCAGCGCAUCAAUCAAGAUUUGGUAGGUAGCAGGACAUCGACUUUUGCUCCAGUCCUGCUCCAAAAAAAUCUCAAGCUUUCACAGUCAACGUGACCUCUUAACCUGGUGCUUUGGCCUUCUGCCUCUGUGAGGUUGGAUUCUUCAUGAUUCCUCCUUUCUAGGAGUUAACUCGCACCAGGAUCGAAAGGUGUUCAGUUUCUCUUGAGAGCUGCGUUUUUCCGAUUGUGUUGAGAUGGUCUACAAGUAAACCGUAAAGAGAAGCUAGCCAUCCUUAGCACUGGCACAGCAGUAUCUAGUUGGAACGGCCAUGAAGUCAGCACAGCUGUUCAGCAAAGAUGCAGCAAAGCUGAGCCACAAGCUGCGGAUCAGCCGGGCAGUGGUGGCACACGCCUUUAGUCCCAGCACUUGGAGGGCAGAGGCAGGCGGAUCUCUGAGUUUGAGGCCAGCCUGGUCUAAAGAGUGAGUUCCAGGACAGCCAGGGCUAUACAGAGAAACCCUGUCUCAAAAAACAAACAAACAAACAAAAAAAACAAAACAAAAAAACAAACAAAAAAGGUAAACAAGAUUCAGGGGGCUAGAGGAGUUGGCAGUAGAUCAGAUUACAAGCUUCUCCCUGCCAUACACUCAGGCAAUUAGGUAGCACAGAAGAUCGGGGGGUGCUGCAUAUGGUCUGCAGUUGUCUCUGCCUUAUACAGGGGCUUAUACUGAUGGACAUAGAACCGUGUGGAAGGGGCUGGUGAGAUGGCUCAGUAGGUAAGAGUACCCGACUGCUCUUCUGAAGGUCCUGAGUUCAAAUCCCAGCAACCACAUGGUGGCUCACAACCAUCCAUAACAAGAUCUGACUCCCUCUUCUGAUGUGUCUGAAGACAGCUACAGUGUACUUACAUAUAAUGAAUAAAUAAAUCUUAAAAAAAAAAAGAGCAGUGUGGAAAAUGAUAAAACAUUGAGGUAUCAGAACCCCCUUUAGAGAACUUAGCUUGUGUAGGGCUACUGUGGUAUCAUAUGACCAAGGAACAAAAGUAUACCAGGCUUACACAUGUAAAUACAAUCUACAAAGAUACAAAAUAUAAGUAUUGUAUUAUGGCAGACAUUGAAUAAUAGCUAUAGCAGCUUUGGCCUGAGGAUUUUUCUUGGGCCUAAUGACAGUUACACUGCCCUGGACAUGGCACUCUGCCUAUGCUGGCUUGAAGCUUUUCUUUCUGUCUAGUACCCUGGAAACUUCAAGAGCUGCAAGCCUGAGAACGGUCUGUCAUUUACCACAUAUGUUUGCUUUGGCAACAUUAGAAAUUGGGUUAGGGGUUGAUGAGGGAAAGUGAUGGUGAGAGAUUACUCUGUCGUAUUAAAGACGAUCAAACAUAUGGCCCCAGACAUGAGGGGGAAGCUAAACACAUGUCCAGGAAAACAUGAUUUCCAUCUCUUGGAAGAACAUGAAUCUGUCCCUGCCUACUGAGUUCUCUAUAAACAAAGAAGGGCCCUGACAGUUGGUUAAAGCUGCAAGAUUCUCCAGACCACUGCGCCUGACUCAACUCUUCCUCACCUACUCCCAUCUCCUCUCUGGAACCUGUCAACUGGCAAGGCAGUCCCCAACCCAACACUCUCCCCACCCCAGCAUCUGUCACCACCCCAACAUUUGUGAUAAGGAUAGGACUUCACCCAAGGGCUUCAUGAGCCUCCUGGGUAAGAGAGAGACCAGGAAUUAGAGUUGGGUGAACAGAGAAGAACUAUAAGAAGGUCAUGGGCCAUAACGAGUCUAAAGAAGGAAGACUCUUUAUAGCUAUAAUACAACAGACCCUGGAGAAAGAAAGGGAUCAGGGUUAGCACCUCUCAAUUAAUAAUAUUUUUGCAGUUUGUGCAGCAGUGUAGCCCUUGUUUCCCAGACCAAGGGACUUUGGAUUUGAAUUAUUGGACUAGAGUGUGGAGAGAGAUCCAAGUCUAGCAUCAAGAAUACAGACCUGAAACUGUGCCUGUUGAGAGUUUGUCUUACUGGGACUGAUGAGGAAAUAGACUUGGAAGAAGAGGCCUAAAAAUAUCACAAUCCAGUUUGGCCUCCUUUAACCUCCAAGGCCACAUCCCAACUUACCAAGCCUAAGAAGGGAAGACUAUUGGUGCCUCUUCAGUGGGAUGCAAAGGAGCUCUUGAGCAAGCCCAUCAAUUGUGAGAGCAGCUUGGAUAUUUUCCAGUGCUGGGGUUCGAACUCAGGCCUUUAUGUGUUGAGGCCAGCCCUCUCCCUCUGAGCCUUGUCUCCAGGAGUCUUCUGCUUUGGAGCCUCACGAGGAGAGAGCGUUGCUUGUUGACCCCCAGUUUAUCACAAAGAAAUACUGAAAAGAGCCGACCGGUUCCUGCAGUUCUAACACUAUGGCCCUGGCUCAGGGUUUAGUGACGUUUGGGGAUGUGGCUGUGGAUUUCUCUCAGGAGGAGUGGGAAUUCCUGGACCCUGCUCAGAAGAACCUGUACAGGGAUGUGAUGUGGGAGACCUAUAGCAAUUUUAUUUCACUGGAUUUGGAGUCUAGAUUCAAGACCGAUACUUCAUCUUCAGACAAGGGCAUUUGUGAAGUAUAUUCGUUACAGUGGGAGUUGAUUGAGAAAAUUAAAAACCUAAGCCCUCAGGGUUCUGGUCUUAGUGAUGAUCAGGAAUGUAAACACAAGACUGGGCUACAAAAGGAACCGCAGGAGGGUUAUUUUGGGCAGUUGAAAAUUACCUCUGAAAAAGUCACAUAUGAAAAGCACAGUUUCCUUUCUGAGUACCAGAGAGUUCAGAAUGGAGAAAAGUUCUAUGAAUGUAAAGAGUGUAGGAAGACCUUUAUCCGCCGCUCAACGCUUAGUCAGCACUUGAGGAUCCACACCGGCGAGAAACCUUACAAAUGCAAGGAGUGUGGGCAACCCUUCAGACAGCGGGCGCACCUUAUCCGACAUCACAAACUUCACACCGGUGAGAAGCCCUAUGAGUGUAAGGACUGUGGGAAGGCCUUUACAGUGCUCCAGGAACUCACACAGCACCAGCGUCUUCACACUGGUGAGAAGCCGUACGAAUGCAAGGAAUGUGGAAAGGCCUUCCGGGUCCAUCAGCAGCUGGCUCGGCAUCAGAGGAUUCACACUGGGGAAAAGCCCUAUGAGUGCAAGGAGUGUGGGAAGACCUUCAGACAGUGCACACACCUUACCCGACACCAGAGACUUCACACUUCUGAGAAACUCUAUGAAUGUAAGGAGUGUGGGAAAGCCUUCGUGUGUGGCCCAGACCUUCGAGUACAUCAGAAAAUCCACUUUGGUGAGAAGCCCUAUGCCUGUAAGGACUGUGGUAAGUCCUUCAGAAUAUGCCAACAGCUGACCGUCCACCAGAGUAUUCACACUGGGGAGAAACCCUAUGAAUGUAAGGAAUGUGGGAAGACCUUCAGAUUGAGGCAGCAGCUUGUUCGCCAUCAGAGAAUCCAUACCCACGAGAGACCCUAUGAGUGUCUGGAAUGCUGGAAGACCUUCAGUAGCUACUCCCAGCUGAUUUCACAUCAGAGCAUUCAUGUUGGGGAGAGACCGUACGAGUGUGAAGAGUGUGGGAAGGCCUUCCGGCUGCUCUCGCAGCUCACUCAGCACCAGAGCAUCCAUACAGGCGAGAAGCCUUAUGAAUGCCAGGAGUGUAGAAAACCCUUCCGGCUGUUGUCACAGCUCACUCAGCACCGGAGCAUCCACACCGGCGAGAAGCCUUAUGAAUGCAAGGACUGUGGCAAGGCUUUUAGACUUUAUUCAUUUCUUUCUCAGCACCAGAGGAUCCACACUGGUGAGAAGCCCUACAAAUGUAAGGAGUGUAAGAAGGCCUUCAGACAGCACUCACACCUGACCCAGCACCAGAAGAUCCACAGUGGAACCUGACAAGCUCUACACCAAGUUGUAACAUGUCAGGAAGUCCGUUUUUAAGAAUAAUUUAUUUUGUGCUUGUAAGUCAGCAUAAAUAAGACUGUGUUGCUUUAAAAGCCCACCAUCCCCACUUAAAUGUUACAUUUCUUCAGCAAAUUCCCAUGAAAGAAUUUUGAUGAAUGUAGGGAAACGUUUAGCCUCAUCUGUUAUCAUCUACAUCUCACCACUCUCUUCCAGUGUGACACUGGACAGGACCCUAAGCAUUAAUGCCUUGUUUUGCUCACUGUCAAAAUGGUGACAAUAGCACCUACACAUAUUAUUUAUCAUUAUGUAACAAAUUAAAUAGAAAAACAGUAGAUUAAAUAAUACACUUGUAUUAUCUAAAAAUUUCUAUAGAUCAAGAGUCCAGGUAUGCCUUAGUUGGGUCUUUGAGGUUUCAGCUAAGGCUGGCUCCCAUCCGAAAGCUUAGCUAGAGAAGGAUCCACAUUGGAGGGAACAGGUUAGACACCUGAAUUCAUUUCCUUAAGAGCUGAUCCACUGGGAUUCUCAGUUUCUGGAUGGCCAUUGGCUGGAAGAUGAGUGAAGCUCCUAGCCAUAUUGGCUGUCCAGUGUGGCUGCUGCUCUAAUGAUACUGCACAAGCCAAGAAAGGUGGCUGCUAGCAGGAUGGAGGCCAGCUAGCCAGACUGACGUGAUAAUCUGUGCCGUCUAAUCACAGAAGGAACAUCCAGUCAUUUUACCACAUUCUACUGGUAAAAUGGAGUUAUCAGACCAGCUUACUCCAGAAGUCUCGUGAAAUUGAAUGUCACAAGGAGGCUGGUGAGUGAGGCCCAGGGUAGAGCCCACCUGCUGUACUGCACAACAGCACUGACUUAAGGAUAAAGUAGUUAACACUUGACCAACUAGCAGUCAUGGUAGCAUGUAUCAUACAAUAACGUCUGUAAUUCUUACUGCCAGUAUUGUCAAUUCAUGUGAAAGGAAGAUGAUCCCAUGGAAGUAAUAAAUGUAGAAAUGCCUCCUUUCACAUCUCUGCAUUUAUAAACCUCAACAUAAUUUCUCCUGGGUAAGACCUAGGAAAUUAUAGGAAAUGGGAGAUUUUUGUCACUUGAGCAAAAACUUCAUGUUGAAAGGAGACUGAGUUUCAUGAAUGUGUGUUAUUAAAACUUAACUAUUAAGGAAUCCGAGGAAAUGACUUCUUCACAUUUCAAAAAAGCAGCUCAUUUAGAAUCCCUUCUCUGACCAAAUUCAUGUUUAAUCACGCAGUUUCAAGGAUAGCUAACAUAAAGGACAACUAGCAGCUUAGGGAUCUCAUUGUUAUGCACACACAUAUGUAAGUAUUGGGGCCACGGAAGUGCCUGUGUGGUUAAAGUGCUUGCUGUGUAAGCAUGAGGACCCAACUUUGGAUCCCCAGAACUCAAGUUAACUGCCAGGUAGAUGUAGUGGCUCACUUGUAAUUCCAGCCUCUGGAGAUAGAGACCAGAUAUCCAAAGCAAGAUGGCUAGCCAAACUAUAUCUAGCUAUAUCGGCGAGCUCUGGGUUGGAUUGAGAGCCCCUGCCCCAGUGCAUACAGUGGAAGAGUGAAUGGACAUGGUUCCUCAGAUAACCUAGGAUCUCCACAUGCACCUGGGCACAAGUCCACUGCACACAUACAAACAGAAAUCACACAAAUAAAUACCGUGCACACACAAAUAAAUAAAGAAGCUUUAUAGUCAA